CAUGGAGUUUGUAGGGAGUUGCUAUUGGAUAAAGUCAAAGAACAGUUAGAAUACGUAAGACCUACAACAGGAGAUUCGGUCAUACACUUGGCCACACUGAGAAAAGAUUUGGAAAUGCUGAAGUUUUUAGUAGAGGCGGGUGCCACUAUCAAUGCCCAAAAUCACAAAGGAGAAACACCUUUACAUUACGUUGCAAGAGACGGUGACAUGCAGAUGAUCAAGUAUUUUUAUCAGCACGGAGCCGAUCCCAACCUGUGUGAUAUAAAUGAUCGCGUACCACUUCAUUUGGCGGCCCAAAAUGGUCACAACAGCAUCAUUGAAUUACUUAUCGAGAAGUUUAAAGCUUCAAUUUUCCUCAGAACAAAAGAUGGAGAUACAUUGAUGCAUAUUGCAUCUAAAGCGGGUUAUCCCAAUACUGCUAUGAUUUUUAUGAAGAAAGGAGUUCCGCUUCACAUGCCUAAUAAAGCGGGAGCAAAAUGCCUACAUACAGCGGCGCUGGGUGGGCACGUCGACGUCGUUCGAACUUUGCUCCAGAAAGGGGAACAAGUCGAUGCUAAAACAAACGAUAACUUCACAGCUUUGCACAUAGCAGUUCAAGCUAAUCAACCUCAAGUAGUAGAGAUUUUAUUAGGUUACGGAGCACAAGUUCAAAUUAAAGCAGGAAAAGAAGGGGAAACACCUCUUCACAUAGCUGCAAGAGUUAAUAAGGGUCUAAGAUGCUCGGAGCUGUUACUAAAAAGUGGUGCAGAAGUCAACGCAAGACAAGAGACUGGAGAAACACCUAUACACGUGGCAGCUAAACACGGGCACUUGGAUACAGUUAUGCUGCUAUUAAGCGACGGAGCGGGAAUUGAUGUAAAAACACAGAAUGGGGAAACACCUUUACACGUUGCUGUCAAGAAUUGUCACUUUCCAAUUGCUCGUUCUUUAUUAGAGCAUUGGCAAGGUACACAUUCGAACGACACCGUUUCGCUCGUCAAUCAGCAAAACGUUGAAGGAGAAAGCGCGAUGCAUUAUGCGGGUGCCAUAACUAAACAACAUAUUCACUAUCCCACGGAAGAUAAAGAUUUGGUGAAGUUGUUGUUAGAAAGCGGAUCGGAUGUUAACAUGGAGAAUAAAGCGAUGAAAGAAACAUCGAUUCACUAUUGUAGCAGAGAAGGAAACGAAGACAUACUAAAAGAGAUCCUAGAGCACUUAUCGCCAGCAGAAGUGCAGUCUGCAUUUAACAGACAAUCUAAGUAUGGAUGGUCGCCUCUGCUCUACGCGUGCCGCGCGGGACAUCCUAAUCUAGUUAAAGUCUUGCUACAGCACGGCGCGAGAGUGGAUAUUUUUGACGAGAGUGGGAAGGCCGCUCUUCACUUAGCGGCCGAGUACGGGCAUCACGAAGUCGUUGAUAUUUUAUUACAAAAUAAUGCGUUCGUUAAUUCUCGAUCUAAAAAAGGUUUAACUCCCCUUCAUCUGGCUGCCAAACACGGUUACAACGGGAUUGUUCAACAUCUAGUGGCUGAUCACGGAGCCGUUUUGGAUGCUUUAACACUAAUUAAAAAAACUCCGCUCCACUUGGCAGCCGAAAAGGGAAAGCUGGACGUAUGCAGCACACUUUUAGAACUAAAUGCGGAUGCACACGCCAUCGAUAAUCAAGGUCAAACACCUCUUCUAUUAGCGGCGGAAAAUGAUCAUCCGGAAAUUGUUAAAUUAUUUUUACAUCAUAAACCCGAACUGGUUUCAAUGGCUAAUUCGAGCGGUUUCACCUGCGCUCAUAUAGCGGCCAUGAAAGGUAGCGUGGCUGUAAUCAAAGAAUUGAUGAAGUUUAACCGUCAUCUCGUCACCACUGCAAGAAAUAAGAGCAAUAAUACCGCUCUGCAUCUAGCAGCUGCCGGAGGACACGCAAAAUUAGUUAAAGUGUUGUUGGAAGCUGGAGCAUCAGCCACUGACGAAAAUGGAGACGGAUACACGGCGCUCCAUUUAGCGGCCAAACACGGACACGUGAAAGUACUUCAAGCUUUGAAGACGGCAGUUUCUUGGAGGAUUACUAGUAAAAAGACAGGAAUGGCUGCGCUCCACGUGGCAGCGAGUUUCGGACAGACAACCUUCGUUAGAGAAAUGCUGACUCAACUACCUGCAAAUAUAAGAAGCGAAAGACCGUCUGACGGAAGCAGCGAAGACUAUGGAUUUACUCCGCUUCAUCUUGCUGCAGAUAAUGGUCACGAAGGUACCGUUCGUGUACUUCUCAAUAGCACGGGCGUACAGACUGACGCAUCGACCGAAUUGCAGGGAAUUUUAGCUCUUCACAUGGCAGCGCGUGGGGGUCACUUGGCCGCCGCUGGUCUACUUUUAAGCAGAUCUACCGAACAACUUCACGCUACCGACAAACAAGGAAGAACGCCCCUCCAUAUGGCUGCUGCUAACGGACAUAAAGAUAUGGUGGGCCUCUUGUUAGGUCAAGGGUCAGAUAUCAACACGGGUGACAAUAAUGGAUUAACAGCAUUACACUACACGGCAAAAAAUGGCUACUUAGAAGUGGUUCAACUCUUGAUAGAUAGCGGAGCAUCCCCAAUGUCCGUUACAAAGGAUGGUAAAGUGCCCUUGUGUUUAGCAGCCGCUGCUGGUCAUUAUAAUGUACUAAAAUACUUAUUAAGGAAAGAACACGACACUCAAGUAUUAAUGGAUGACAAAACGUUUCUUGUCGACCUCAUAAUUUCUGGGAAAGCCCACAAUAACAAACCAAUAUUGGAUUUUAUUCUUGUUUCUGCUGCACCCAUAGAUACCCGUUAAAAUGGCAAGAAGUUAUCAACUUUUAGCACUUAAAGAGAAAGAUCGGGCGAGAGAUUUAGAAAACACGGCCGCCUAUUGCGAGACAAUGGCUGCCGACUUACUGUCCAUAGCGGCCAUGAGCUAUAACACCGGAACAUUAUUAAGA